CUUUCUUCUUCUUACUUCUCUCUGCUGCCGUUGUUGACCAUGACCCUUUGUUAUGUUAAUACUUAAUAACCAGACACAGAGUUGAUACGAUUUGUAUUUGUUUUUUUUUUUAUUGUUUACAGCAUUGAUUUUUGUAUUAUUGCUUGUCAAGGUGAGAGAGCUAGUUCAGGCAUUUUGAGAAGCUGAAGGUGCAGUUUUUAUUGUCAAAGUUUGUAGCUUUUUGAACUGGAAGUGCUGCUUUUGAUUUUCUAGGAGUUGGGUUCCUCAGCUUUUGGUGUUUGGUGAAUUGGGUCUUUGUUUGAUUUUUCAUACUUGCUCCCAUUUUUGAGAUUUUGGGUUUAUAUAAUUUGCUUGGAGCUCAUAGAGCAGAAUUGGGUUUGUGUUAUAUUGUGGCCUGUUGAUUUUGGGUUUCUGGGUUGUUUAGAAUCUAUCUGUGUGGUUUAGGAGCUUGAGGGGAUGAAAGGAAAGGUAGGAUUACCAGGAAACUACUUUGUGUUGAACACAGGAGAUAAAAUCCCAGCCAUUGGACUUGGGACAUGGCAGAGUGGUGGAGACCUUUGUGUUCAAGCUGUGAAAACAGCAUUAUCAGUAGGUUACCGACACAUAGAUUGUGCACAUCUUUAUGGUAAUGAGGUUGAAGUUGGUGAGGCAUUAGCUGAAGCAUUUAAGGGUUCACUGAAGAGGGAGGAUGUUUUCUUGACUUCUAAGCUCUACUGCACAAUGAAUUCUCUCAAUAAAAUCGAGAAUUAUGUGAGAGUUUCUCUGAAGAACCUCGGCGUUUCAUAUUUGGAUCUGUAUUUGAUGCAUUGGCCUGACAGCUCUGCUUUUGGUGAUGCUACUGAUCCUCCUUCGAAAUCCGGGAGUGAGUAUAGGCAGUUCUUGAAUCGGUUGAAGAAAGCAUGGAAAGCUAUGGAAGGACUGGUCGAGUUGGGUCUGGUUAGAGCCAUUGGGGUCAGCAAUUUCAGUGUUGAGCAGAUCAAACAGUUGCUUAAAUUUGCAAAGAUUGUACCUGCAGUCAAUCAGGUGGAGUUGCACCCUUUUUGGAGGCAAGAUGAACUUGUGAAAUUAUGUCAAUUGAAAGGUAUUCAUGUAUCAGCUCACACGCCCUUAGGAGUCCCAGCUUCAAAUCCUGGACCAUCUGAUAGCAGUUCAGGUGGGGAAGAUGAGCCUGGAACUCCUCGCAUAUCAUUCAGGAGGUCUAGGUCUGUGCAUGGGCCUAUGCUGAAAUUGUCAACAGUUGAACAAAUAGCAGACAGACUCAGAAAAACACCUGAGCAGGUAAUUUUGCGCUGGGGGUUGCAAAGAGGAACCAGCGUCCUACCAUGUAGCUUGAAGCCAGAUAGAAUAAGAAAAAACAUAGACAUCUUCAGUUGGUCGCUGACAGACGACGAGUGGAAUCGGUUGAACCACAUUGAACCACAGGUAUGCUUAUUUGGAAACAGCCCUUUGAAUACUCUUUCGGAGAGUGGCUUUGUGUCGGAAAGUGGAUGUGGUCCACUUCAAGCUGUGCAUGAGAUGGAAGAUGACAUGGAAUCCAAUGCCUGAUAUAUUCAAUCAUAUCUUUAGAUAAUGUGGAUGCCAUUUUUGUUCGAACAAGUGAUGAUCUUUUGAUAUGAUAUGUGUAUGCCAAUUGUUUUGCAAGAUUUGCAGUUUGUGGAUGCUGAUUAGAAUGUCAAAACAGAUAUUAUUAAUUGAAGUGGCAAAUAUUUCUGUGUUAAACAAACAUGUUCCACUUCUAAUAGGUGUAUUGAUGAAACAUUUGCAAAAAACCAAAGUGAUUGUUUCCUCUUUUCUUUUCUUCUC